AUGGUCAAAGCACGAUGUCAGGGAGGUUCGCCGUGUACAGAAUGUUCCUCAAAGGGACAUUUGUGUAUCUUUGAUAAUCCGGUCCACCUCGAGCCUACUCAACCAGAUCUAGAAGAAGAACUUUGGGAGUACGGUAGUGGAGAUGGAGAUGAUGGGAUCAAUACUUCAGAUCAGAUCAAUACUUCAAUUGGGAAUAUCGCCCAAGUUGACCAUUACGUACAUCUUUACUUCACUCAUUUUCAUCAACAAUGGCCAAUUCUGCAUCGACAUACCUUCAGUGUUGCUGACGAGCCCCAAUCGCUGCUUCACGCGGUGAUCAUGAUCGGCCUCUGGGUCAGUGGGAGCCCGGCGGCGCAAGAAGGUGCUCGGAACUUACAUUCCAAACUAAAACUAGCGAUCUCAGCACAGCAGGUAAGUAGCUCAAAAGCAUAA